AUGGCCCAGUCACGUUUGAACAUACAAAAGUCACGGUUACCAAGCCCAGAACAAUAUAACCUAGUCACAGAACAACAUAUCCCAAGCACUGAACAACACAUCCCAGUCACUGAACAAUAUAACCUAGUCACUGAACAGCAUAUCCCAGUCACUGAACAAUAUAACCUAGUCACUGAACAACAUAUCCCAGUCACUGAACAAUAUAACCUAGUCACUGAACAACAUAUCCCAAGCACUGAACAACAUAUCCCAGUCACUGAACAAUAUAACCUAGUCACUGAACAACAUAUCCCAAGCACUGAACAACACAUCCCAGUCACUGAACAAUAUAACCUAGUCACUGAACAACAUAUCCCAGUCACUGAACAAUAUAACCUAGUCACUGAACAACAUAUCCCAGUCACUGAACAAUAUAACCUAGUCACUGAACAACAUAUCCCAAGCACUGAAAAACAUAUCCCAGUCACUGAACAAUAUAACCUAGUCACAGAACAACAUAUCCCAGUCACUGAACAAUAUAACCUAGUCACUGAACAUCAUAUACCAGUCACUGAACAAUAUAACCUAGUCACUGAACAACAUAUACCAGUCACUGAACAACAUAUCCCAGUCACUGAACAACAUAUCCCAGUCACUGACCAACACAACCCAGACACGGUUGAAGUUAAAUCAGUCAAUCACCAACAUAACCAAAUCUCUGAUCAACAAAACUAA